UGAAAUCUCUCUUUAGCUCCGCGGCUAGCGAGGGAAACGGCGACGUCAACGAGUCUGGAGAACAAGAAUUUCCAUUUAAAACUAAUUAAAAGUAAAACCGCUUUUCCCCUAGAUCUAAGGAGAACACUUUGACUCGAUUUUGAUGAUACAGCCGUUUCUUCUACUACAACUUAACGUUAACGUUACAGUAUUUUCUUCCGAAAAACGCGGCAGCUGGGCUCGAUUGCGGUGACUAGACUAACAUUUGAAAAACCGACGCUCGCUUCCCUUCAGACGUCAAGAUGGCUUUUGUUUCAAGUUUUCAUUUGGAGUAUACCAGCCUAUCUCACUCUUAUACCACCUCAACAUGCCUUUCCUUUCCUUCUGCUGUUUCAACAACUCCUUCAAACAGAAAUAAGUGGUGUUUUCUUCAGGACAGCACAGUUGGCGUUAACACCGCGGUCAAUAUGGACGCUGAAGCUAUUUACGCGAGCCGGGUUGGACUCAACGCAGCCUAAACGAUAUGGACACUUCAAUUUCCCCCGGAGAAUAUUUAUCUGUAUUUAUGGAUGGUGUCAAGGGCUGAAAGGAAUGAGAAACGGAGCGUUUUAUGUUUUUCGUAGCUAACAUUUAGCCAUACAUUAAGCUUGGUAACUUACUAAUUUAGCUGCGUUAGCCAGCUAAGCCUUAUAAAGCCAUCUAAAACUGAUCUGUAUAUUAGUGACAUUCAGAGACAUUUAAACCUACCACUCUAAACUCGAGCACUUUUAUGCAAAUUAAGUCUAAACAGUGUUUAACGUGCUGCCGCUUAUAAAGCAAGUAAGUUACCUAGUUAAUAGCUUAUUCUGUUUUUUGUUUAGUCUAUGUAGUUCAACGCAUUUCAUAUUUUUCAGAAGUAUGAGCACACAUGGACACUUUUCUCAAGGGGACACGCGAUCCCGCGCUGACAGCUCGUGGAUAAACGUGUUCUCGGUAGUUUCCAGGCCUGCGUGGGCUCUCAUGCAGCGGUAUUUCCCCGCAAAAAUGCAAACAGCUUUUGAAAUGAAGUCAAAUCUAGAUAUUGGAAACUCUCUGGCCCCUCUAAAUGUUGCAUAUCUCCAGUGCCAGCAUGAACCCGCACCGGGCGCGUCCUCCAGAGGCCCGGGGGCUCCUUCCUGGUUCACGCGCGAUUCGUUGAGUGAGCUGGGAAUUCAGAGCGCUUCCCAGAAAGAUUUCAGUCUUCAAAAGCAAGCGUCGGCCGGAUACCUCGGAACAGCGAGAAACUUUAUCAGCCAGGUGUUGCAGAACGCGCUGGAAAAAAGGCGCGCGGGCGGUGAGCGCGCCAAACCGGAAAGCGGAUGCGAUUUGGGCCCGGAUACGCUGUCCGUGCGAACCACUAACAGCUGGUGGUGGGGUGGGUUUUGGGAGGCCGAUGACAGACCUCCAAACUGGCUGCUAAACGAAGCACAAAGCAGAAAAGAGACUGAUACGAGCUGGCAGCAUUGUGGAGAACAUCACAGUGUCGGCUAUUGUCAAAGCCGCUCGCGCGCGACCUUUGCCGUGACGACUGAAUUGUGUGUCUGCAGCGAUGAUGUGCCAUCAAUGCACAACGAAAGCGCUGGACCCUUGUGCUCCAAAGAGCUGACCCACAAUGCAUGCCUAUCAAAAUCCCUCCCAAACUCAUACAAGCUUCCACUAGAUGUAGAGCAGCAACUGCUAGUUUGUAGUAGAGCCUACAAUGAGGUGGCAAUUCUGACUCCAGAUCAAGAUAAUGGCUACUCCAGCUUGGAGGAAGAACACUCAAAUAGUAAGCUUCACAUGAAGCUGCUCUCCGAGGAACAGGAGGUGUCAGAAACGGCCAGCCCUGGUGCCUCCGAGGACGGCUCAUCUCAUACUAACACUACAGUGAGCGAGUUUAAUAGUGAACCUGUCAAUUUUGAGGAAGAAAUUAAGGAAAGAGAGGAAGAGGACUCUGAAAAGAUAGCUGAAACAGUUCCGGCUGCUGAAAGUGUGCACUUUUUGGCCACUUCUCAAUGUCAAAACAAGGUCAUCGCUUACAUCAUGGGUAGCCCUUGCAGCGGCGAAUCCGAGUCGGAGGAUGAUAGUGAUUGGGACAGUAAUGAUGAUGAUGGCUUUGACAGUGAAGGCUCGUCCAACUUCUCAGAAGACCUAGAUGACAGCGAUGAUGAAUCCGAGGAAGAUUCGGAUGAAGAGGAGGGGGACUCUGAGACCGAGAGGCUGUGGAAUUCUCUGUGCCAAAACGGGGAUCCUUAUAACCCGAGGAACUUCACAGCUCCCAUAAGGACUGCAGCCAAGCCAAGCUCUGUGUUUACAGUCUCUUCGGUCUCAGAGUCUCCGCCAGUGCAUAUGCCCUCCAAGCUUUCGCCGCCUCCAUCGUCGCCCUCACUGUCCGAGAAUGAGUCCAGCGAAGACGCCUGCGAGAUGGAUGAGGAAGAGAAUCUGAGGUUGUGGAAUUCUUUUAGCUGCUCAGCAGAUCCCUACAGCCCUUUCAACUUCCAGGCUCCCAUACAGACUUGGAAAACCUCCAAAGGAUGCCGGAAGGAGAAAGUGCCUGGAACCCCAUGCUACAAGAGAGAGGAGGCUGAGGAGAGGCUGGACAGUGGAUUCUCAGAGAUUUCUCCUGUGCCAUGCUCAAGCAGUGCCAUAGCCAUUCAGCUGAAAAAGGUGACGUUUGUAGAGGAUGUCGAGGAGUUCUAUGCCAGCAGUGAUGAGGACCGUCGUGGACCCUGGGAGGAGAUCGCCAGGGACCGCUGUCGAUUUCAGCGCCGCGUUCAGGAAGUUGAAGAGACUAUCAGCUACUGCCUUUCUCCAACUUUCCGUCUGGACAUUUUUCAAAGACUACACAAUACUAGCUAAUUAAAAGCCUUGCUUGUUGUUGGACAGUAAGUUAAAUGUUCAAAGGGCUCACAAGUCACAAAUCCAAGGAGCUCGAUGGUUCCUGCCAGGGAGGGACACCUCACUUGAGUCUGAUGAACUGUUUUGUGCUGAGUGUCGUGUGGAUUCCAGACAUAUGCAUUUUGUUUUGUUUUUUUCUUUGCCACAAGUCACGCUGUCCUUUCUAGUCCUCAAUACAAUACUUUCAUUUUAAAGAG